CUCUUCACCCACUUUCUCAUUUUUUCUUCUUCCCCCACCUCCUCAUCUUUCUUCUUCAUUACCCAUCUCUUUCCCACAUCUAACUUUCCUUUCUUUCCGCCUCUUUCCCCUUCUGGGUUUCUCAUUUUUCUUCCUUACCAUCUAUGAAGAAGAUGAAAGGGGCUGCCUCCCAACACCCUUCUGUGUUUGACGAUUCCAAGAUCAGAUUCAAACAUCAGACUCUCCUCCAAGAUUAUCACGAAUUGGAGAAGGAAACAGAAACUGCUAAGAGGAAAUUACAGAUGAUGAAGCAAAAGAAGAUGACCCUGAUGGCAGAAGUCCGGUUCUUGAAGAAGAGAUACGAGUACCUAAUGAAGAACCAGUUGCCAAACGACCAUUCAAAUGGAAAUCCAGUACAGCAGAAGCAACUUAACAAACAAGUGGCUAACAAUACUAAGAAGGGGAAGAAUGGUUCGAGAAGAAGACCUGCGUUGCAACCCCUCCCGACGAUCUCUGAUAUAAACCAAAAGGAAAGAAUCAACCGACGAAUUGAUAUUCCUCCACAGAGUUCUACUCCGAUUCCUGUCCUUGACUUGAACCAGAAGGCAAAGACUAGGAAGAAAGCCAAUCAACAGAAUUCAACACCAGUUUUUGACUUGAACCAGAAGGAAAGAAUGUACAGUGGGAGAGAUGCUAGCGAGCGAACCAUCACUCCAUUUUUCGACUUGAACCAAAUUUCGAUGGAGGAAGAGGAAUUGCAGACCCAUUACGAUACACUGAGAGCUGAUGAGCUGAAGAAAAGCCUUCUUCGAGGUGGGAACGAUGAGCAGCAAAAUGAUAUCAAGAUUUCGGCGUGCAGGACUGUUGGGGAUGGUCCAAGUCGAGCUGGUAAAAGAAAGAUUUCAUGGCAAGACCAGGUGGCUUUAAGGGUUUGAGCUCAUUUUUAUCUCUAGUGUCACUUAGAACUACAAUUUGGAAGAAGGGCUUCAGGCAUCCUAGAAGCCACAGUUAAUUGUAAUUCCUUCUUUGAUUCUGUAUUCUUCUAUUGUGAAGGGAAAGUAGUAUUUGUACAUGUUAAUACAUUUAAAAAAGAAUGGUGAUGAGAUAUCGAGAAGAAUCAAAGUUGCAAAUCCUUCAAUCUA